GGUGGAAAGAGAGAGAGGCCACUUUUUAUAGCUAACGAAUAAAAACUCCCCAGUUUUAUGCGUUGAGGACAAAGAGCAUUUUGUCGGUGAUGGAUGAGAAUUGCAGCGUUGCUGUCCUCAUCUCAAAGUCCUCCUCUACAUCUGAUGUGUCUUCCUCUGUUCCAGUACCUGGAUCUCCUUUUGAACCCCUGCCUCACAGGGUUAUAGGUCAGGGUGUCCCAGGGAGUGUCCAGCCAAAACAGGUGGAUGAGUCCCUCAUCCAGGUCAUCGAGAAACUCAGCAAGAUAGUGGAGCAGCGUCCGCAGAGGCACUCCCCUCUGGGGGGGCAGAAAAGAGGGAAACAUUUGGACUCUUCCGAGGUGAGGUUGAAUCCAGGAAGCUCUCCUAACAAGAGGAUGAAGAAUAGCUGCGACGAGGAGGCGAGAGCAGAUGGUAGCGAAACAGACAGCAUUUCUUCUUCUCUUGCUCUGGGCGACAAUAACAACAACAUCACUACUGUGCCGAGCGAAGUUGCUGGCGGUUCAAGCCACAUCGACCUCAAACGGACAGUAACGUGCUACCAGUGCAGCCUUUGUCCCUACCUCUCCCAGACGCUGGCCCAGCUCAGAGAGCAUCUGAAGCAGCACAAUGAGCAGCACAGCGACCUCAUCCUCAUGUGCUCCGAGUGUCACUUCACGUCCAGAGACCAGGAGCAGCUGGAGGCACACGUCAAGCUGCACUUCGACGACAGGGGCGGCACGACGAGAACCUCCACGGAAGAGGAUGGAGUUCUGAAACAGGGUGGGGAAGGGGAGCGGGACAGUGAGGCGAGCAAAGGUUCACUAGAUGAGUCAAGCGACCCACCAAAGAAGAAAAAGUGGUAUAGCUACGAGGAGUACGGUUUGUACCGCUGCUUGAUCUGCAGCUAUGUGUGCAGCCAACAGCGAAUGCUCAAGACCCACGCCUGGAAGCACGCCGGCCUCGUCGACUGCUCCUACCCCAUCUUCGAGGAAGAGGAAGGCGGUCCAGCAAGGCAAGAGACUCAAGCAGCUACCAGCAGCAUCAUACCCCGAGAGGAUCUAGUGAUCCUGUCUCCAGGUCUUCAUGAUCAAAAUUUACAGAAACUCCCAGCUGCCAUCAAGUUGCAACUCUGCGUGCCUGUCGCUACCGAGAACCAGCAGGAUCAAUACAAUCCACCGGUCUCGCAUUCCAGCGAAGAUUCUGGAACGGCUGCAGAUGAAGACGAGGAGAAGGGGUACACCAACAAAGACGCCAGCUCUGAGGAGCCUGUGGUGGAGGUGCAGGUGACUACGGAGGGAGAUGGCGACAUGGAGGUGGACAGGACCCAAGAGAGCAGCUCCAUUCCUGACAGCCUGCUGUCGUCAGCCCAGAAGAUCAUUAACAGCAGUCCGAACAGCGCCGGACACAUAAACGUGAUCGUAGAGCGCCUUCCGUCAGCCGAAGACACCGUCAUGGUGACGAAGCCUCUUCUCCUCAACCCAGAUGUAGAUAGGGACAAGGGUUUGCUGGCUGUGAAAGAGGAGGAGGAGCAGAACCCUGUAGGAAGUGUUGUCUGUGUUGAUAACUCCACCAACAACCCUUCAGUAGAUGCUGACUGUAAGUCUCCCCUCCCUAAAGGUGAUUCCUCCCUAAGGGAUGAAAACAUCCCCCCAACUAGCCGCAAGCGAACGCAUUCUGAGUCGCUCCGCCUCCACUCCCUGGCUGCAGAGGCUCUUGUUGCUAUGCCGAUGAGGAUGCCAGAGCUGCCCACCUCCAGCCCUAAGGUGACCCUUAAGAGCGCUUUACCCCAGAUUCAGAAUCAAAGGAUUUCGGACGGAACUCAGAACAGACAGAGGGCGUCGGACGUAGAGAAGACGGCAGCCCUGUUGGACCUGGAGCUUUGCCAGGCCAAACAGGCGGGAUUAGGAACCCUAGGCCUUGUAGAGGGUGAUGAGGAAGGUCCCACCACUAAAGCCGGAAUCAGCCUUUCACUCCUUACCGUCAUCGAAAGACUCCGAGAGCGCUCAGACCAGAACACCUCCGAUGAAGACAUCUUGAAAGAGCUUCAGGAUAACGCACAGUUCCAUAAUGGGGCUGUAGCCGCAGCGAUCACCGGCAACGGAGCCGAGAGUUACGUGUGUAACAUUCCAGGCAUUGAUGGGUUGGUCGGCCCAGCCGACGGAGGGUUGGUGGACUAUAACCCGGGCAACGAGCGGCCGUACCGGUGCCGGCUGUGUCACUACAGCAGCGGCAACAAGGGCUACAUUAAACAGCACAUGCGUGUUCACAGACAGAGGGCGCCGUACCAGUGUCCCAUCUGUGAGCACAAAGCCUCAGACAGUAAGGACUUGGAAAACCACAUGAUCUACCACUGCAAGAGCAGGAUGCACCAGUGUAAAUACUGUUCGGAUGCCUUCCACUACAAGAAUCAGUUAAGAAGUCAUGAAAGAGAGCACCACAGCUGCAGCAGCGACACGCCAUCACCCACAACGGGGACCGACACCAUCACCCCAGUGGAAGAAUCUGAACGGGGAACAGACGAAGAAGGUGGGGUGUCAAAGAUGUACAAAUGUGAUGUGUGCAACUAUACCAGCUCUACGUAUGUAGGGGUGAGAAACCACAGGCGGAUCCAUAACUCUGACAAACCCUAUCGCUGCUGUAGCUGUGAUUUUGCCACCACCAACAUGAACAGCCUGAAGAGCCACAUGAGGAGGCAUCCUCAGGAGCACCAGGCUGUGCAGCUGCUGGAGCAGUACAGGUGCUCCCUGUGCGGCUACGUGUGCAGCCAUCCGCCGUCGCUCAAAUCCCACAUGUGGAAGCACGCCGGGGACCAGAACUACAACUACGAGCAAGUCAACAAGGCCAUCAACGAGGCCAUCUCCCAGAGCAGCCGCCCUGCCGGACCCCCCACACCUCCCCCAGACUCCACCCAGUGUCCCGCCCAGGGGAAGAACCCGGCCCUGUCCCAGGGCCCUCCGCGCACGGGGCCCCCCAUGGAGUACUGCAUGCUGCUGUUCUGCUGCUGCAUCUGCGGCUUCGAGUCCACCAGUAAAGAGCGUCUGAUGGAGCACAUGAAGGAGCAUGAGGGCGACAUCAUCAGCAUCAUCCUCAACAAGGAGCAGCAUCAGCAGGAGGCGGAGGCCCAGGCCGGCCUCCUGACAGCAGAGUGACACACAUCCAGAGGUGAUGAGAGGUCAGAGGUCACUGCAAUGGCUGCUGUGUCACACAGGCACCAUUUAUAGGCUUCAUGAAGAGGAAUGUGAUUUUAAUCCGUUAAUAUUCAUGUCAAAUCGUUUCACCUUAUAAAGCUUCGGCCCAAGUUCGAACAGUAAUAAGCUCAAUCUUAAAUAAAUCACAAAACAUUCAACUAUUUCCUUCCCUAAUUUGAUCACUUUUCUAUGAUGGCAGCUCUUUCAUUGCUACUGUAGUAUUUACCAUGUUUAGUGCGACAUGGCUGAGGUUCUCAUUCUGUAAAGAGUUAGCAGCAGACCUUCAUCAGAGCAUAAAGGCUCGCAUCGCUGCUCGAACAGAAGAAAUAUUUAUCUGUUUAGUUUUCCGUUAGCUGCCAGUUUGAAGAGAGGUGUGUUAGUUUCUUUAAGUUUGUUGUAUGGUUUGUAAAGUAGAGAAGGAAGUGGAAGUAAUAUACAUUGACUGAGGGGUUGUUGUAAAUGCCUGUAGACAAAAAGAAUGACAAAAAGGGAAGUCUGUUGUUAGUAGAGCCGUUAUUUGAAUCUGCCAGUGCCAAGGUUAGGAUGUAGGAAAAAGUUUCCUUAAAGGAGACACGGUUAUCUCUCAUGUUUGUGGUGCUAUGUUCAUUUGAAAGCAAAAAUUUGUAUGUAUUUUUAUAUCUCCUGCUGUUUAUGUUGUUGGUGUGAGUGUGUGUGUUUAGUAAAGUUUUUAUUAUAUUUUAAUGUUCUCAAAAGUACAAAUCAUCUUCUCAUCAGAACAUUUGUAAACACAGCGGACCCCCGCCACUCAUGGUUCAGUAGUUACAAAUUAUCCUGUGGACAUGAUUUCAUGUUAUUUGCAAAAAAUCCACCCAUUUAUUAAUAGUUUUGUAAAUAUUCUACAAGAAAAUUCCACUUGGGAAGUGAAAGUACUUAAAAGCAAUGCUACUUGUCACACCAUUGGCUGGCAUUAGCAAAGCAGCCAAUCCAGAAGCGCCAUUCGUUUUCAAGAGAGAGGAGGAAGACUGUAGAUGUUAGCUUCCACUGUGUAUUAAUGCAUAUUAAGGUAUAUCUGGUGUUUGAGCUAUUAAUAUAGGCAGUUGUAAGCAUUUUUAGACGGGGUGUCAAGUUUUCACAGAUCACUGGGGGUUCACUGUAAUUGCCUACGCAGUGGAACAUUUUGUUUCAUGUCAUGGUUGAGACAAUACAGUGAAACGUUUUUGAGUGGAAGCAGCUGUGUUAUCCACCUUAUUCCUGUAACCAUGAUGCUUUGCAUGAACUGUGUGUUCAGGGCUCAUCCUGUUUCACUUCGGCUGCCUGUUGAACACAAACCUCCUCAAGCUCAGUUUGGUCUGGUAAAAGAGUCCAAAAACAAAUCCAGGUCAGGAGAACAUGGAAUCAUACCAUGUCACCACAACCGUACUGUUCUAGAAGUUUUGAAUCUAUCCAGUUGGCCAAAUGUAUCAUCAAUAUGUGGAUCAUGGCACUUAAAAUAUCACAUUCCACCAAGUAUUCCAUCCAAGCAGUACUGCUCAUAGGAUUAUCUUCCCAAAACGAACCUCUUAGUGCAGCUGCUGCUGUCUAACAGGAAGCUGUAGACACAGUAAAUCCUACAGCAGCAUCACCAGGAAUAAGGUGGAUAUGAAGUUUGGAUUAAAACAGAUUGGUUAUUCCAGGUUGGCUCACAACAAAGUCACACUAAAAAUGAUUGCAUGAACAUUUGAUAAAUAUAUUGCUUCAAAGAGUGUACAAAAAGAUUAGCUGAAAGCGGUCGUACAUUUACUAAAAUAUGUUAGUUGCACUUAGUGUUAUCAGUCCCAGCAUAAAUCCUCAUGAAACAUUUUACAUUUACAUAAAAAAAUAACCCAGAUAAUAUAUUUAUGUAUGAACUCGUUCUCCUUGCUCAGCUGCUAGCUAGCAUGAAGUGAUAGCUCAGCAUGUUAGUAGAUUUUUAGCUCAUGUUUUAGUUCAAUCCAACCAGGUUGUUGCCGUUUAAUUUAGUCGUCUUUAAUAAUGUGGGAUUUCAACCUCUUGUAAAAACUUGUAAAAUAUAGAAAUUUGAAAAUCUAAGAAACCUCAAAGAUUGAAUUUACAGAAAAUUGGGAAACAAAUGCCUUGAACUCCAAGUUGGCCAGUUUCAAGUUGCCAAAGAAAACGUUCCAACACCUUUAAACUGGCAAAAUUAUGAAAUUCUGCACGCAAGUCUACUAGUGGGUUUGAGUUUUGCUUUUGUUUUGUAGGUGAAGUCUAUCUGAACUGUAAUGUUACACCUGUCAAUUAAACGUAUUCAAAGCUGUUGUACAAGAUCUUUCAACAUACCAGAGCAGUAAUUACCUUUGUUGGGUAAAUGCCCACAAGUUUAAACAUUUGAUCAUUUAUUCUGAAGGCAGAUUUUUCUUAUGCUGCUUCCUGAAAGACUAAAUUUCUGGUAACUUUGCAUAGUUAGUAACCAAACUGUGUCGUGUUGCACAUAAAUUAUAAUCCACCUGUUCUGAAACGAUUCCCCUCCUUUGAAACGAGGUGAAGAUGGCUUUGUGGAAACUUUAGCUGUAGUUAAAAACUCAAACGGGGAAACCUUGAACACCAGAGAAAUUCUACAUCUCAAAGAUUCUUAAGUAACGCUUGUUUUAAACGAGAUGCAAGAAUCAGCAGGUAGAAUAGACACUCAAGUCUAGUUCUUUUUACAGAUUACAUGGUCAAUAAACUAGAUAACAUGAGUAGAAAAUAACUUAACAGUGUUCAAAUCUGGAAUUAUUUUUACAUUUUGUUCGACUGCUACAAGAUAAAAGCAACUCCAGGUUUCAUAGCCUCUGUGUGAUUAACUCACACUAAUCAGUGCAGUUUUUUUGCAUGCAUGACUCCUGAUUGGACAGACUGAGGUUUUCUACAGCCACUCUUCACUAUACCCAACCAUACCGAAAACUGUGACUCUGAAUUAUUCCACUAUAAUGUAUACAAAUAUUCACUUCAGUCUUUUUUUCAAGAUUCUAGCAUGGAAUGUUAAAAGUAGCCUAACCGGCUUUCGUGUGCCAAAGUUUGAGGAUGUAACAUGAGAGCUGAAGAAAACCAGUCGAAUGUGUAACCUCUAAAUUGUCCUGAAUCGCUCCAACAAAACUUUCUAAAUUUUACUGAAUAGCAACAGAGAACUUCAGCACUUGUUAUAUCUGUUGCUUUUUGUCUUGUUGUCAGUUAAAUCCAAUUUAUUUGUAGAUUUUUAGCAGACGGGAAGCUCUCAGGCAUGAACCAGGCAUGCGUAUGAAAGGUCAGACCUCAGUUUUUUAUUCAUGUUUGAAACACGUUGCCUCAAAAUUAAAGUAUUUCAGGAGGAACAAAAUAUUGGACUCAUUUCUGCGACGAUACUUUAUCUGCGAAGAACUGACACAACCUUUAAGCAAACUUUUUGAGACUUGUGUGUUAUAUUUCUAUUACGAAAGAUAUAUUUAUAUAUAAUAUGUGGUAUAUUUUAUGCGUGUUGGAGCAAAUGGAAAUUCUCUCCAUUUUUCUCGCUGCAAGUUUUGCUAAACGCCGCAACCACAUGGCCUUUAUUGUGUGCCAUAUUUGCGUUAAAAAGCAAUGAUCUCUUCUCUGUUUUUUUUUUGUGCCUUUUAAUGUUUUUGUGUUUCAAAGCGUUUCUAGAAUAUUAAAUAUCUUUGAUUUGCAUCCCUGAUCCUCUGAAACCCUUAUGUUUUCAUAAUUCAGGUCAAAUAAUCCAACACACCAAGUACAUAAGGCACCUCUGAUGCAUCACUAGCCAGAGCUCAAAUACUUUCACUUUAACAACCUCAAAAACUGACAUUUCUAUAAAAUAUGAAAUAUUUUUAAAAGUUCAUUAUGUUAUAAAAGGUUUUCAAAUAGAUUUUUUUGCUAACUUUUGAUCUAUUUAGAAGAAAUCUUGGUUUGAAGUUCAGCAUAGCAAGACGAGCUAUGUCUGUUUAAACCAAAGGAGACGACGUCUACUCUGUAUUUUUAUGCUCGUAUCAAAUUUUGUAACAGAUUCAACAUGAAAAUGUCUCGGACUGUAAUGUGACACUUGCUUUGUUUGUAUUUAUUUUUAAACAUCCUAGAAAGUAUUUCAUCACUUUGUCAUUGUAUCUUUUGCUAAUAAAGAGAAUGUGAAAUGA